GAACUGAAAUGGUCAAACAGAAAAAUCAAUUUAUAUGAGGGUUGGUAAUAAUGAGUAUGUAUAUGACAGCCAGCUUGGUGACUAUGAGCCGGUUCGUUAAGAACAUAGUUCCAAUAUUGUAAUUGUUAAACAUUGGAUUUCUAGCCUAUUACUCAAUCGCUGUUGACGUAGAAAGCUAUGAUUUAUGGUGAUAUGUACCUGAUCUUCUCCCAUAAUUCCAAACAUUGCAAAAUUCUCAGUGGGCCGGCAAAGAUUGCUGUUCCAUGCUCAGCUGCUGUUCACAUUCUCCGUCAAACCCUACCCCUAUUUUCUUCUUCUAUCACCCUUUUCCCUUUCAUUAAUUAUUAUAUUUAUAGUUGCAGUGGAUAGAAUAUGCCAUGAGUUACGUGGUUGUUACCAAAACAGAGAUAUUUGCAGCUUAGAAUUGCUAUGGGAUGCUUUAGCAGUAAGAACGCUCCCCCUCGAAACCGAAAUUUGGAGAGGUUAAAACGAGAAAAUGAGUAUGCAAAAAGAGAGCAUUCAAGGUCACAUUCCUCUAAGAACGUGGAAACAAAGAAGAGAGUAGUCACUGUGAGUCAUCAAAAGACUGCUUCAGGUGGCGGUGAAGGAGGAGAAGAAGAUGGGAAUGAUAAGGCGAAGGAAAAUGUUGCUAAGAAUGAUGAGAAGAGUGACGUUGGGAAUGUUUCGGGCAGGUCUGAGGAGAAGAGGAAGAUUGCAAGCAAGGAAGAUGUUGAUGGGUGGCCAAAAUGGCUGGUUGAUAAUAUCCCUGCAAACGUUUUGGCUACUUUGGUUCCCAAGAGUGCUGAUUGCUAUGAAAAACUCGGAAAGGUAGGACGUGGAACAUAUAGCAAUGUAUACAAAGCCCGAGAUAAGGACACUGGAAAGAUUGUUGCUUUGAAGAAGGUACGGUUUGACACAUCUGAUUCAGAAAGCAUCAAGUUCAUGGCAAGAGAGAUCAUGAUACUGCAGACACUGGAUCAUCCCAAUGUCAUCAAACUCAGAGGAUUAGCAACUUCAAGGAUGCAGUAUAGUCUUUAUCUAGUCUUUGAUUACAUGCAAUUUGACCUUACCAGAAUUAUCUCCCGCCCUGGGGAGAGACUCACUGAACCACAGAUCAAAUGUUACAUGAGGCAGUUGCUAUUGGGGCUUCAGCAUUGUCAUGAGAGGGGAGUUAUGCACCGAGAUAUAAAAGCUUCUAACUUGUUAAUAGAUAGAAGAGGGGAGCUCAAACUUGCAGAUUUUGGGCUUGGACAUUCUCCUGCUACUAAAACUGAAGGGCCUCUUACAAAUCGAGUGGUGACACUUUGGUAUAGAGCUCCUGAACUUCUUUUAGGUUCAACUGAUUAUGAUUAUAGCAUCGAUCUCUGGAGUGCAGGAUGUCUUUUGGCUGAGAUGUUCAUUGGAAGACCAAUUAUGCCUGGGAGGACAGAGAUUGAACAACUCCACAUGAUCUUCAAACUUUGUGGUUCACCUUCAGACAAUUACUACAAAAAGAUGAAGCUAAUGACGAGCUACCGUCCACCACAGCAUUACAGAGCUAGUUAUGAAGAAAAGUUCCGGGAUUUUCCUUCCUCCACUCGUGCUCUCUUGACCACACUACUUGAUUUAGAUUCUGGCUGCCGUGGCGACGCUGCCUCAGCUCUUGAAAGUGAAUUCUUCAAAUCUAGUCCAUUAGCAUGUCAGAUUUCAGAGUUACCAACAAUCUACAAUGAAGAGGAUGAACGGUUACAUACCAAGAGACGCAAAAGGCGCAAGCAUUUGGACAAGGACAAAAGGCAAGUAUCUAAAUCAAGAACAAGCAAUGUAAGCCUAUCAGGAAAGAACCAAAUUGCUAAGCAAAGCAAGGUAGAGUCAGAACGAUCAAAGGAGGAGAAGAGUGUGGAAAACAAGAAAGGUCAAGAGUUGUGGACCAGUGGAAGUAGCAGAUCAUCUCAAUUUAUGAACGAAGUGAACAUGAACUCAUCAAUAUCCCCAGUUUUUCUCAACAAUGGGAGAAAAUCCCCCAAGACUGAGGGUCAUCCUAAUGCUCUUAAGAACAUUAAGAACUACACCCUCUUACAGGCCUCUAUUAUUGAUAUGAUUAACCGCAACGAAGGCAAUGAAUUUGGCCUAAUUCGCAAGUCUUUUUCUACUAUGGAUUUUAAGCGUGCUCCAGAGAAGUUGUCAAGUCUAAAUGGAUCAGGUGAAUAUGACCCUUGGGUGUAUGAAAUAUGAUACACGGUCACACUUCUUUGUCGAAAGCUCUGUGAGAAAAUAGUUGAGUCCUUAUUUUGGACAACCUUCAGCAUGUCUAUUUAUAAUUAAAUCUUAGGAGGAGUGCUACCAACAAUCACUUUAAUACUUUUUUUUUCAACAUUUUCUCUUUUAUUAGUUAAAACUAAUGUGAGAAUUAUUCUUAGUUCAGGGAUUAUUUUUUUGUAAUGAAUGCUUGCCUUUAUGAUUAAAGCACUGCCAUUUAUC